CCCAAGGCGAUUAUCAAUACUGCUAAGCUUUAGCAUUUAGUAACUACUGUUGAAUGUGAAGUGUUAACUAUUUUAUCUCAACUAUAAUUUAAACAAUAAAGUACAGCUUAAUUUUGUUUAUUGUUUAUACAAUUAUUAUUAAAAACAUUUAAACUGAUUUGUUAAUUAUUAUAUUGAUCAAUAUCCGCCCACUUCAAGUCACUUCUAGUCCUUACAUUGGACUUGUAUUUCUGUUUGUAAGUGUGACCACACCCAUCGAAAAUAGGCCUAUCCGAUACUGCAGUCAUGGACAUGAUGAUUUCCAAUCUGCAACAGCAGCGGCAGAUAACGGAACAGCUUCGCCGAGAAGCAGCUGUGAAACGUAUACCUGUUUCACAAGCUAUACAAGACAUUAUAAAGUAUAUCAGAGAAAGAGAAAUGGAAGAUUGUCUAAUGGUUGGUUUUUCAUCACAGAAAGCUAAUCCAUUCAGAGAGAAAAGUAGUUGUGCAGUCAUUUAAAUUUAUGUAUUAUUUAAAAGUUAAAACUACUUACAAUUAAUAUUGAAAUUUUAAAAGAAACAAAAAUAAACAAUUUAUACUAUAUCUACUGUAUUAACGAGUACCUAUUGAUCAAUUAUAAUUAUUUUAACUUCUCAUUUACAAAUUUUUGUUUGCUUAGCUAUGUACCAGUAAAAAUUUAUUAUAUUAUAUAAUGUGUAUUAUCUGAUUCAUUUUUUUAAAGCAAUAAAAUGUUUGUACGAC